AAGAAUUCGAAUGUUCAAGAAGACCCAUGUUUUCUAUAUAUUCUCUCUCUCUCUUCACCAUUGCUAGGACAAUGUAAUUAAGAUGUUCCUAUAUAUAUUGAAAUAUUAGACGAUCGAAUAAUGUUCAAAGGGUGCAUACUCUUGUACGCCACAUUAAAAUAAGUGUUUCUUCUUCUCAAGUUGCACACAGUAAUCUGCACUCUUUCUCAGCAUGAUAUCUAUAUGAUCCAUUCCCCUUUAUUUUUUUUUAUCACCAAAAGUAGUAUAAACCAUUAUACCAUGACUGGAAAGCUAGCUCAAUUCACGUGGCCUGCAUUAGUGGCUAAUGAGAUACUCAACAAGCGACUGGGAAGCAGCAAUUUUAUAGCAGAUUUUCCAAGCAACACAGAACCCUUAUUGAGUCAUGAUCAGUCAUCUCUGAGCUCUAAAACUAUGCUUAAUGAUCAGAAGGAUACACAAAAAAACAAGAUUUUUGUCAGCACAUGGAACGUAGGUGGGAUUGCCCCAGAUGAAGGACUGAAUAUGGAGGAUUUGUUGGAGACACGCAACAAUUCCUAUGACAUCUAUGUACUUGGGUUUCAAGAAAUUGUGCCUCUAAAAGCAUCCAAUGUGUUGGGGUAUCAAAACAGUAAGAUUUCCACCAAGUGGAAUUCCAUAAUCAGAGAAGCUCUGAACAAGAACAACACGCAUGUACUUCACAGUUUCAAAUUAGAUGAAGAAGGUGAUGAUAAAAAGGGUAUUUAUUGCAAUAAUAAGGAAUUAGGAAAUAAUAAUAAUAAUAAUAAUCCAGGUCUGCAAGGCCCACAAGAUUUCGAAUGUAUCAUUAGCAAGCAAAUGGUUGGUAUAUUGAUAUCAGUAUGGGCUAAGAGAGACCUUCGUCCAUUCAUUCAACAUCCAAGUGUCUGUUGCGUCGGAUGUGGCAUCAUGGGAUGCUUAGGGAACAAGGGUUCUGUAUCUGUGAGAUUUGUGUUACAUGAAACAAGCUUUUGCUUUGUGUGUGGUCACCUAGCUUCUGGUGGGAGAGAGGGAGACGAGAAGCAUAGAAACUCUAAUGUUGCUGAAAUAUUUUCACGGACAAGCUUUCCUAGAAGAGGACCUAUGCUUGAUUUGCCGAGAAAGAUUCUUGAUCACGACCCUGUCUUGUGCAGACACGUAAUAUUGCUUGGAGAUUUAAAUUACAGAAUUUCUCUACCGGAAGAAACAACACGCUUACUUGUUGAAAACGAAGACUGGGAUUCCCUACUAGAAUAUGAUCAGCUAAUGAUGGAGCUAAUGAGGGGAAAUAUGUUAAAAGGAUGGCAUGAAGGAGCAAUCAAAUUUGCCCCAACCUACAAGUAUUGUCCAAAUUCAGACCUGUACUAUGGAUGUUGUUAUCACGGCAAAAAGGCAGCGAAGAAGCGAGCACCUGCAUGGUGUGACAGAAUUAUAUGGUUCGGCAACGGUUUAAAGCAAAUUCAAUACGCUAGAUGUGAAUCAAAACUAUCGGAUCACAGGCCCGUCAAGGCAUUGUUUAUAGCACAAGUGAGGGUUUCAUCAGCAGCACUAAGAAGCUUUCAAAACUUGUUUCUAUCAGAGAGAUUUGAACAAAUUGAAACUCCCUUUGAAGUUUCCCCCACCUAUGAGUUUGUGUGUAAAAAGCAAUCAAGUUUCCGGUUGUGAAUCUUUAAUUAGUGUUUCUUAUGUACAUACAUGUUUAGUUAGACGACGUCUGAAUUAAAAUUGUACAAGUUAAAGAAGAAAUUCAUGAUCAGAAGGAAAUUGUAGCAGGUGACAGAUGAUUAGCUCUUUUGCUGAUGAGAGGAAUACAGUGAAUUUGAUUGUUUCUGUAUUAAAUCAUCAGAUAGAAGGUGGAAAAUAUGUCAUUGAACAUUAAA